GUAUCAUCCGGGUCUUCCAAGCGGAUAUUUUGAGAGAGAAAUACAAGGAGACAGUUAUAUGGCGGUAAAUAUGCGCAGCUUUAGACCCCCAAACCUCACGAUAUCUCCACAAAAUUAUUAAAACCGAUUCUUGGGACUCUAAACUGUUCGGAAAUUUUAUAACACACCGGAAAACCUUAGAAAAUCGGAUCAAGAGUUCGUACCCGUUUGCGUGGCAACGGCGGUAGCUGUGUUUACAUGCGUGUGGAAACUGCGAGAUCUUCUUCCUAAACAUUGGAAAUAAUACAGGAAUUAGAUUGGAACAUAUCCUACACAAGCUUUAGCUUGGUUCUUCUUGAAGAUCGACACCUGAAUUGUGUCCAUUCUUUCCUCCGUCAAGAAAGUCGUUAGUUCACCUGACGUGAAACUGACAAAGAAGGAGGAAUUGUCAAAUUAGUACGUCGGCGCUUAGAUGCUCUCUUAUUAUAAUCACAGGGCCAACAGGGGAGGAACAGAGCAAAAUCAUUGAGUUAUGGCAGUGUAUUUUGAUCAUAAGAUCCAAGCGCCUCUGGUCGGCGUGCAAACUCUGCUAACAUGGCACAGCAGCUACCCUUUGCUUGCUGUUGCUUCUAAGACUGAGCCUGGAGUGAACGGAGCUGUAAACUUGUACUUAGACGAGGGUGAGCUAGUUGAGGACUCGUCAAUUCAGCGUUCCUGUGAGGUAACUGCCAUUAAAUGGCAUCCAAGCAGGAAGAUCCUUGCAGUUGGGUGGCAGAGUGGCGACCUCUUGUUGUGGAAUGAUCAUGACCAUGAGCUCCACGAGGCCUUCUCCGCACAUAAGGCUGCUAUAAAGACAAUUGAAUGGAACUCAUCAGGCAACAAGCUUGUCACAGGAGAUGAGGAUGGGACUGUAGUGGGAUGGAAGGCUGACCAAAAAGGCAGAUUACAGCAGAAUCCCUUGUUUCAACAUGACUUGCAGUCUGCCAUCACAGUCUGCAUCUAUAAGUCAUCCACUGCAGGGUCUGACAAGGAGUAUUCUUGGCAGAAAAAUAAAGUCAUGGCAAUACUUCAACCCCCAGCUGAAAAUAACUUCUACCUUGGAACAACAGAUGGUAAUGUGUAUCAUAUUGAUGAUAGAGGCAAGUGCUUCCAAAGGUUUACAGUGGAAGGUCCAGUCAAGACUCUUCUUUAUGCAGAGGGUAGAGACAUGCUUGUAGCUGUCACUGAUGGAUUGAUGCUAUCACAGCACACCAUAGCUAAAGACGGAAGCACUACUGAAACCAUUAAGGUGAAGCUGAGUGGGCAAGCAUCAAAAAGCCAUUUGAUAUGGGCUGGUCGACAGCUUCUAGCAACAGCCACAGGAGAAAAUAUUGUCAGAAUGUGGAACUUGGAGCAGGAUGAUAACUAUUUCUUGUCCCUCAAAGGCCAAGGCUUUGAGCCAGGAGAAUGUAUAAAUUGUAUAUCAUACAAUAAAUCAAAAGAUCUUCUUGCUGGCUGUACCAGCAAGGGCAAGGUAGCUAUGUGGAAGCAUGCCUCCCCUAAAGGCAAAGGAAGAAAAGAGGAAGGUGAAGAAAUGUGGGAAUUACAGCCUCCUUCUAUACUAGAGGGAGAGGCAGAUCUCACACAAAUAGAGUGGGCUUCAAGUAAAAAUAUCCUGGCUGUCAAUUGCAUUGCGACGGUCAUCAUACUGAAUGAGCAGGUCAUGAAGGCACAUUUUAAUCAACAGGUUGCUGCAGUGCAAGUUUCGCCAAGUCAGUUAACAAUUGAGAACUUCAGCACUGCCUAUCACCAAGAUCUGAAGACAGAUAUUCACAUCAAAGGAGUCUUUGUCACUAAGAGCCAUACGACCAUCUGGAAUGGCAAGCGCGUAGUGACUUAUGAAGUUUCACCUGACAAGGCUAUGGUCAGGGCCGAAGGUUCCUUUAGCUCAGAUUCCCCUGUAGUGGUAGUCUAUGAACAGAGUGUCUUCACAGCAGAACCCGGAAAAGUCCAAGCCAGGACCUUCCAGGGUACAGUGAAGCAAAUCUUACCAUUCUCAGAAGCAGAGGGAGACCCAGUAUUGCUUGACUUAUGUGGGAAUUUCUUGGUUGCUGGCACCUCUCAGGGCUAUGUCAAAUGUUGGGACGUCUCUAGGAGAGAAGCAAAGCAGCACUGUACUCCAAAAAACCUGACGGAGGUGAUAGCAAAUCUUGGCCGACUGAAGUGUGUCAAGUGCAACAGCAGUGGGAGCAAGAUCAGCAUCAUAUGUGACCAGGAAAACAACACGCCUGACAGCAGAUUGUAUGUGUGGGAUUGUGAGUCUGAUGCUCUACACACCUUUGACUUUGCCACUGGAGCAAACUCAGAGGCAGGAGAUCCUGAUAGCUCUGAUCUUCGAGGCCAGCAUGUUGCAGAGAUUGCCGGGCGACGGCCCGUGGCACAGUACUGGGACCCAACUGAACCCAAAUUGCUGGUCUGUGAGACUCUGAGGGGAGGGGACAGUAGCAAGACGCCCAAGAGGUCCAUGAGCUUGUUAUCAGACGACAAGGAUUCUGCACAAGGGGAAGUCAUGAUAGUUUCUUUGUUCGCCACACCAGAACAUGGCAUACUAUUACAGGACAACUUCCCUAUUGAUGCUUCUCACACAAGUCUGAUGGGUGUAGAGGUCCCAUUCUUCUACCUUAUGAACAAGGGUGGCACGGACACAAGUGAAAAGGCACCUCUGCCGGUCAUGCAUGGCGCAGUCUCUCCGCCUCCCCUGCCACACCGCCGUAUGGUCACCAAGCACACCAUGCGAGACUUCACAGGCCUAGAGAACGCCAAUGACGAGGCGAAGAGAGCAAUGAUGGACUUCAGCUAUCUGUCAGCUAUCGGUAACAUGGAUGAGGCAUUCAAGGCUAUCAAGUUGAUCAAGAGCGAGUCAGUUUGGGAGAACAUGGCACGCAUGUGCGUCAAGACGAAGCGACUGGACGUAGCUACUGUGUGUCUGGGGAACAUGCGCAAUGCACGCGCGGCCAAAGCCCUGCGCGAGAGUGCAGAUGAGCCGGAGCUUGACGCCCGAGUUGCUGUGCUUGCACUCCAGCUUGGCAUGAAGGAUGAGGCAGAAAAGCUCUACAAAAACAGUCAACGCUUUGACCUGCUGAACCAACUUUACCAAGCAAGCAACCAGUGGACCAAGGCUAUUGAAGUUGCGGAGCUUCAUGACCGCAUCCACCUGCGGACGACAUACUAUAACUACGCCAAGCACCUUGAGUCCAUGGGCAACAUGUCUGCCGCUAUCGUCAACUAUGAGAAGUCCGACACACAUCGCUUUGAAGUACCCCGGAUGUUACUGGACGAUCCUCAUCAAUUAGAGGCUUAUAUUCUCAAGACGAAAGACAAGGAACUGCGUAAGUGGUGGGCCCAGUACAUGGAGAGCACAAGUGAGAUGGAGACUGCCUUGCAGUUCUACGAGGCCGCCCGGGAUAACCUUUCCCUUGUCAGGGUCUAUUGUUACUGUGGAAAUCUCGAAAAGGCCGCUGAAAUCUGCAAUGAGACUGGUGAUAGAGCAGCAUGUUAUCAUCUUGCUCGACAGUUUGAGAAUCAGGACAAUGUAAAGGAUGCGAUCCACUUCUACACCAGAGCACACUGCUACAGCAAUGCCAUUCGCCUAGCUAAGGAACACGGCCUAGACAAUGAGCUGAUGAACCUCGCACUUCUCAGUACCCAGCAGGAUAUGAUUGAUGUCGCAAGGUAUUACGAAUCCCAGCCCAACAUGCAAGACAAAGCAGUUAUGCUUUACCACAAGGGUGGAAACAUCAGUAAAGCCUUGGAGCUAUGUUUCGCCACUCAGCAGUUCGCCGCACUUCAGGUGGUUGCCGAAGACCUUGACGAGCACACGGACCCAGUGAUGAUUGACAAGUGUUCUGCGUUCUUCAUGGAUCAUGGCCAGUACGACAGGGCGGUCGACCUGCUUGUGGUCGGCAAGAAGUUCUCGGAUGCGCUCGACUUGUGCAUGAGGCAUAAUGUUGUGAUCACGGAGGAACUGGGUGAGAAGAUGACGCUACCCAAAGGUGCAGAGAAUCGUGUGACGAUGCUAGAGCGCAUCGCAGAGUGCGCCAUGCACCAAGGGUCUUACCACCUUGCCACCAAGAAAUACACGCAGGCCGGCAACAAGAUGAAGGCAAUGAAGGCGCUGCUGAAGUCAGGAGAUACAGAGAAGAUUGUGUUCUUUGCGGGUGUGUCCCGACAGCGGGAGAUCUAUGUGAUGGCGGCCAACUACCUUCAAUCACUGGACUGGCGCAAAGACCCGGAAGUCAUGAAGAACAUUAUCGGCUUCUACACAAAGGGCCGAGCUCUAGACUCACUCGCAGGCUUCUACGACGCAUGUGCACAGGUUGAGAUUGACGAGUACCAGAAUUAUGACAAGGCGCUUGGCGCACUGACUGAGGCGUACAAGUGCAUGGCGAAGGCCAAGAUGAAGAACUCCACGGACCAAGAAGAGAAGGUCGCCUUCCUCAAGCAGAGGAUCGGAUUUGUCAAGAAGUUUGUCCAGGCCAGACGGUCGUAUGAGGAAGACCCCGAGGAGUCGGUCAAACUCUGCCAUAUUCUUCUGGAGGAGCCUGAUUUAGAGACCGCUGUACGAGUAGGUGAUAUCUAUGGGCUCAUAAUUGAGCAUUACGCCCGCCAGCAGAACUUCUCAAAGGCGUACACGGUGAUGGAGGACAUGCGGCAGCGCGUCCCUAGCGUCAACAUGGCCUACUAUGUCAAUCUCAAGACAAUAGAAGCUAUCCACAAUGCCGUGGGGGUCCCCAUGGGGAGAGGAAUGGGUGCCGAAAAGCCGCACAAAGGGGGACUGGACGAGGAUGACGGCGAGGAAGUCGAGGAGGAAGUGGAGGAAGACAUCUAUAAUGGACAUGAUGGAUAUUGAACAUUCGCCGCACUCUGCUGCUAGUCGGCCUAGUGCCACAAAGAGACGUGAUAAAUUCCGGGCGCUACUACAAGCUCGUACAGUUCGAUAAUAAGAUAGCGAGAGAUGACUAGUAUCAAAGCCUGUGGAAACCUAUGAAAACCUGUGUUACACAAGUGAUAUGAAACAAGUAACAAACACAUGAUGCAUGACAGAAAUUGGCACACAAGACGUGAAAGGUUAUAACGCAAAUGUGUUUCUUAAAUAACGUGACGUGUAGUGCCACAUGACUAAAAUAUUAAAACGAAGUGUUACUCUAAAGACGUGACGAAAACGUCGCGUAUGACGUGACACCAGUGAAACAAUACAUCCGAUGUAACCGAUAUUCUACCAAACUCGUUCCCAGAGCCACUCACCUUCGUUGCGAGUAACAAAGGGACAAGAAACACGUGGGUGUGUUGUCUCCGCGAAUGAGACUGAGGCUCUACAGUCUUGCGAUGGCUGGCUGUGCGCAUGCGUGUUCACAAUGCCCAUGAUAUGCUGCUGAGUCGCAUUCAAAACUAGCCGUUACCUCAAGAGGUCUUAGUGGGCUUUGUCCUUAUUUAUUCUCCUUUUCUUGUCUUAUGACACAAGGAAGCCGUUGUAACAAGGAACAAAUGGAAAUAGACAUUUAUAGAAUGCACUCUAACGUCUAGAGCCAACGCCGUCCAUAUGCAUCCAUAUAAACCAUCUCGAUCGUUCUAUGUUCAUUUGCAUGUAUUUGGGUUCGAAACAUGAAAAGAACGGCGUUUGCCCCAGGCCUAAUACGCCACAGUGAUCCUGAUACCGUUGAACCCCGAUAUAGCGAUAUUUCACAUCUAGCCGGUCGAAUCGAUGUCUGUUCCUUGCGAUAUCGCCACAUCAGGGUUCCAAUGCUGGUACUACACGCAAUUUUAUUGGUAAAAAUUAAGGAGUGAAUGUGGAUGCUUUGUUAUCAUAAGAUGCGAAGCUUAUUGUCAAUAAAAAGUAAUAAAACUUUA